AAUUGAAAAUAAACUGACAUUCUCUCUCUCCCUUCUCUCUCUCUUUUCUCGAAGUCAUUACAUUGAAAAACCAACAAACCCUAAAAGUGUCCGUUCAAUUUUCUUCUUCUUCUUUGCUUCAACUACUCCUUACAUAGCUUAAUUUCAUCCCUUCCUCUCCACAAAUUUUGCAGUUUCACUAUUCAAAUUCAUACUGAAAUCCCUAAUCCUCUCACUGGGCGGCUCAUUUUUGUGAGAUUAUGGAGGGAAUGCCGCACCCAAUACCCCGUACAGUGGAGGAGGUCUACGGCGACUUCAAGGGCAGGCGUGCCGGCUUGAUCAAAGCCCUCACCACUGAUGUCGAGAAGUUUUACCAGCAGUGCGAUCCUGAGAAGGAGAACCUGUGUCUCUAUGGACUUCCAAAUGAAACGUGGGAAGUUAACUUGCCUGUUGAGGAGGUGCCUCCUGAGCUCCCGGAACCAGCAUUAGGUAUAAACUUUGCAAGGGAUGGGAUGCAGGAGAAAGACUGGUUAUCCCUGGUUGCAGUUCACAGUGACUCAUGGUUGCUUGCUGUUGCAUUUUAUUUUGGUGCUCGUUUUGGGUUUGGGAAGACUGAAAGGAAGAGGCUAUUCCAGAUGAUCAACGAUCUCCCAAGUGUAUUUGAAGUUGUGACUGGAAAUGGUAAGCAGUCGAAAGAACAGUCUGCCACACAUAACAAUGGCAGUAAAAGCAAGUCGAGUGGAAAGAUGCAGUCCCGGCAAUUGGAGUCCCAUAGCAAGGGAGUGAAAAUGUCUCCACCACCAAAAGAGGAUGAAGAUAGCGGGGAUGACGAGGAGGAAGAAGAAGAUGAUGAACAGGGUGCAACAUGUGGGGCUUGUGGGGACAACUACGGCAAUGACGAAUUCUGGAUUUGUUGUGAUGUGUGUGAAAGAUGGUUCCAUGGAAAAUGUGUGAAGAUUACACCUGCAAAGGCGGAGCAUAUCAAGCAAUACAAGUGUCCAAGUUGCAGUAACAAGAGAGCAAGGGUUUGAAUUUAGGAUCUGAAAGUUGGAGAUAGUUGCAGGGAAGGUAAACAAAGAAAAAGUAAAAAAAGAAGAAGAAGAAAGCAGGCACGACUCCGAGACUUGUGUUAUUACAAUUAUAAAGCUAAAUAUGGUUGUUAAAAAUCAGUUGACAAAUUUGGUGAAUUGGGAUGGAAUUUCAAGUUUUCCUACUUGUGUUAUUCUUCUGUCUAAUUCUAGAAUUAGUGGUUUUCUCUAUGAAUCCCUCCCAUUGAUCUUUAAACAAAUGUUAUGAAUAUUUGUCAUCCACCUCCCAAAUUAAGCUGACUCAUCCAUUCACUUAGCUUAACACACUGUUUGGUUA